AUGAGAGAAAUCGUACAUCUUCAAACUGGUCAGUGCGGCAACCAGAUCGGUGCUAAAUUCUGGGAAGUCAUCUCCGACGAACACGGCAUCGACUACUCGGGUUCUUAUACUGGCGACUCCGACCUCCAACUCGAACGUAUAAACGUAUACUACAACGAAGCUGCCGGUGGCAAAUAUGUUCCCCGCGCCGUUCUCGUCGACUUGGAACCUGGUACCAUGGAUUCCGUCCGUGCUGGUCCCUUUGGUCAACUGUUCCGUCCUGAUAACUUUGUAUUCGGUCAGAGUGGUGCUGGUAACAACUGGGCGAAAGGUCAUUACACAGAAGGUGCUGAAUUGGUAGACUCCGUAUUGGAUGUCGUGAGAAAAGAAGCCGAAGGUUGUGAUUGUUUGCAAGGUUUUCAAAUCACUCACUCCCUCGGUGGUGGUACCGGUGCUGGUAUGGGUACUCUUCUCAUCUCGAAGAUUAGGGAAGAGUAUCCUGACCGCAUGAUGUGUACCUUCUCCGUUGUACCCUCUCCAAAGGUUUCAGAUACCGUCGUAGAACCAUACAAUGCCACGCUUUCUGUUCAUCAGCUCGUUGAAAACUCUGAUGAAACAUUCUGUAUUGACAACGAGGCCUUGUACGAUAUCUGUUUCCGUACAUUGAAACUCAGUACUCCUACUUACGGUGACUUGAAUCAUCUUGUAUCUGCUGUGAUGAGUGGUAUUACAACAUGUUUACGAUUCCCUGGUCAAUUGAAUGCUGACUUGAGGAAAUUGGCUGUGAAUAUGGUACCUUUCCCGCGUCUUCACUUCUUCAUGGUUGGUUUUGCUCCAUUGACCUCUCGAGGAUCAACAGCUUACCGGGCCCUGAGUGUUCCUGAAUUGACACAACAAAUGUUCGAUGCCAAGAACAUGAUGGCUGCUUCUGAUCCUCGUCAUGGUCGUUAUCUCACCGUCGCGGCCAUGUUCCGUGGUCGCUGCUCCAUGAAGGAGGUUGAUGAUCAAAUGCUUGCUGUGCAGACAAAGAACAGCUCAUACUUUGUCGAAUGGAUUCCAAACAACGUCAAGACUGCUGUGUGUGAUAUUCCACCAAAGGGUCUCAAGAUGUCAGUUACAUUCAUUGGAAAUUCAACUUCCAUCCAAGAGUUGUUCAAACGCAUUAGCGACCAAUUCACGGCUAUGUUCCGACGUAAGGCUUUCUUGCAUUGGUACACAGGAGAGGGCAUGGAUGAAAUGGAAUUCACUGAAGCAGAGUCCAACAUGAACGAUUUAGUAUCAGAGUAUCAACAGUAUCAAGAAGCUACUGCUGAGGAAGAUGACGGAGAUGAAUACGAAGAAGAUAUCGAUCAGGAAGAGGCUUAA